UGAAGGUAUAAAUGAUGGGAGUGUCGCAGAGCCGCCAGAGAGAACGGCCAGCCUUAGGUCCGUGGAGCUGGAGCAGCACCUCAGCAGACAGAGACCUGUCACAUCAGAGGUGCCACCCCGGGGUGAAGGAUGCCGCUCUGGGUAUUCCUCUUCUUCGUGAUCCUCACCCUCAGCAGCAGCUCCCACUGCUCGCUGCCCCUGUCCCUGCCCCUCAGGAUGCAGCGGUACGCAGAUGCCAUCUUCUCCAACACCUACCGGAAGAUGCAGGGCCAGCUGUCCGCCCGCAAGCUGAUCCACGACCGCAUGAGCUGGCAGCAGGGAGCGAGAAACCAGGAGCAAGGAGCAAGGAUACGGCUUAGCCGUCAGGUGGACAGCGUGUGGACAGACCAAAAGCAGGUGGCACUGGAGAGCAUGCUGGUGGCCCUGCUGCAGAAGCACAGGUUCAAAGCCAGAGACUUCACACAGCUCACUGGAAGGGCCCUGGAGGCUGCUCCAGCCGUGGUCCCCUCCAGCUCAAGUACUGGAAGUUCAGGGUAUCACUAG